UUUCUGUUCCAUCUCUGCCUGUGUAGGUCAUCUUGUAUAGACCUCUAUCCGGUUCCUUUAGUACUUUGCCUGUGUACUUCAACUGAAAAAUAUUCCUACAGCUCCGAUUCAGCUAUUUCCAAAAGCCCGUAA